AUGCUUGUGAAGAGCCUGAAAGCACAAGAUCAUAUUACAGAUUUGAAUGAGGCAUUUCAGGUCCUAAGAGAAAGUAAGAUGAGGUUAAAUCUAGCUAAGUGCGCUUUUGGAGUCACAUCCGGAAAGUUCCUCGAUUUCAUGGUCUCAAGAAGAGGAAUUGAAGCAAAUCCAUCCAAGAUUAAGGCUAUACUUGAGAUGCAUCUGCCUGGAAGAGUCAAAGAAUUACAAGAACUUAUAGGAAGAGUUACGGCCUUUGCGGAUUUUGUGUUAGAAUAUACACUUCCUGAUGAGGAAAUCCCUUCCACCGCAGAGCCUGAGGAGAUAGCGGAAGAAUGGACGCUGUAUGUGGAUGGUUCAUCCAGUGCACAAGGAUGUGGGGCAGGGUUGAUAUUAACCAGCCCUAGAGGAUUUACUGUGCAAUAUGCACUAUGGUUUGAAUUCCAGGCCACUAAUAAUGGGGCAGAAUACGAAGCUCUGAUUGCAGGAUUGAAGCUGGCACAAAGUCUAAUGGUAAAGUGUAUUACCAUACACAGUGAUUCUCAGUUGAUAGUUAAUCAAGUCAAAGGGGAGUAUGAUGCCAAAGAAUCUCAGAUGGCCCAAUACCUGAGAAGAGUCCAGAACUUGGUCACAAACUUCAACCAUUUUGAGAUACUUCAGGUACCUCAGGCGCUGAAUGCAUCUGCAGAUGCCCUCUCCAGACUUGCCACCUUGGAUUUUCAAGAUUUGGACAGAACAGUGUACCUAGACAUACUCACCUCCCCGAGCAUAGCACAAUCUGAGGAAGUAUUGCCAGUGGAGAUAGAACCUUGUUGGAUGGAUCCAUUAAUCAACUACCUCCAGGAGGGCAUAUUACCCACCGAUAAAGAAGAAGCAAAGAAAGUCAGGAUGAGGGUCGUCCGAUACACAAUGAUAGAAGGGACACUAUAUAAAAAGGCAUUUGCAAUGCCUUAUCUAAAAUGUCUUCGACCAUCUGAAGCAGAGUAUGUACUUCGGGAGAUACACACAGGCAAUUGUGGACAACACUUGGGGGGCAUAGCACUAGCCCACAAAGUCAUUAGACAGGGAUACUUUUGGCCAUAUCUCAGCAAAGAAGCAUUGAGUUUUGUCCGCAAAUGCCUGAAAUGUCAGAAGUUUGCACCUAUCACUUGUCAACCUGCAGUCGAACUCACUUCCAUUUCUAGUCCCUUACCCUUUGUCCAAUGGGGAAUGGACAUAUUGGGACCUUUUCCGAAAGCAUUUGGAGGCAAGCAAUUUAUAGUAGUAGCUGUUGAUUAUUUCACCAAAUGGGUAGAAGCAAAAGCAUUGGCAACCAUUACUACAGCAAAAGUCUGGAAAUUCUUCUUACAUUCAGUUAUAUACAGAUAUGAAAUCCCGAGAACCCUUAUCACUGACAACGGGAAGCAGUUUGAGCAAAAAUUUAAGGAAUUUAGUGACCAAUAUGAAAUUUAG